CAAACAGCAAACGCCGGUACGUUUGGAUUUCCGGUACCUAAUAGUAAAAGAAUUAUUAAACUAUGAAAAUUCCUCUCUUGGUGACGAUAUCAUUAUGGCUUUUUGGUUUAGUAGUCGCCAAAGGCGUCUUUGAGUUCACUGGUCUCCAACAGCUUGAAGAUGGAAUUCGCUCUGCUAAAAAGGGAGCAUUGAUUGAAUUUUAUGCUACAUGGUGUGGCCAUUGCAAGAACCUUGCUCCUGUGUAUGAAGAACUUGGACAAACUUUUGACGAUAAUAAGGAUAUCUUAAUCGGCAAAGUAGAUGCUGACACGUUUGGUGAAGUUGGAAAAAAAUAUCAAAUUCGCGGAUUUCCAACACUCAUUUGGUUUCCCCCUGAUGGCUCGGAUCCUGUUCAAUACUCCCAUGCUCGCGAUUUGAAUAGUCUUACGCAAUUCGUUUCCGAAAAGACAGGUGUCAAAAAGCUAAAGAAAAGCGCAGUUCCUAAUGACGUUAUUGAACUGGAGUCUGCAAACUUCGAUGAAAUAGUAAUGGACGAUACCAAGGACGUCUUGGUGGAAUUUUAUGCUGAUUGGUGUGGCUAUUGUAAGCGUUUGACUCCUACCUAUGAAAAGCUCGCCAAAGUUUUCAAGAACGAGCCAAAUGUUAAAGUUACAAAGAUCAAUGCUGAUGUUUAUGCCGACGUUGGUAUGAAACACCAAGUUGCUAGCUUCCCAACUAUAAAACUUUUCCGAAAGGGUCAUAAAGAUGAGCCUGACGCGUAUAACGGCGAUCGUUCCUUGGAGAGUUUGACUGACUACCUUAAUGAGAAGACAGGAUGUCAGCGUUCUGUUGAUGGAAGCUUAUUGUCAUCAGCUGGCCGAAUUCCCAUUCUCGAUGAGUUUGCUUCAGAAUUUAUGGAUAACUCUCGGGCAGCAAGGGAGGUCGUUCUCGAGAAGGUAAAGCAGUUCACAUUAGAAAAUAGUUCUAGAUGGACUCAAUACUAUAGAAACGUCUUUGAGAAGACCUUGAAGGAUGAAAACUGGGUUACCAAGGAAGCUAAGCGUUUAUCCAAGAUUUUACGUCAAAAAUCUAUAGCUCUUGCUAACGCAGACGAUUUCAAAGCACGUCUUAACAUUCUUCGUUCUUUCGUUUCUUCCGAUAGUGAUGAGCUUUAAUGUAGAUCAUUAAUGAUCUAGUUUAUACAUGAAGCUAUAAUGAAAACAAGUACUUGAACGUUUAAUAUAUUUUAUUUGUAAACUUUAAUGUUAUUUUUGUUCUAUGAAUAUUGAUUUAUAAAGCAAUUCAAUUGUAAGUUUG